UAUCAAUAGCUGACAAUUGAAUUUGCAAAAUCAGUGAUUUACUGUUGUUUGUAUCAAAUUGACAAGUUAAUUGGGUCGAUUAUUUUAUUUUUUUGUUGAUCCUAUUUUUGCUGUGUUUUGGUUUCGAUUGAGAUUUAGUAUGGCUGUUGGUGAAGCUCGUGUUGUUGCUUUGUUUGCCCUUUUCGGGGUCACAAUGUUGGCAGGAUUCGGUCCCGUUUUUGGAUUCAGUUUAUGGAAGAAAAAACAAGAGUCGAAUUUGCUUGAUUCUCAAGACGAGAGACGAAAACAAAAAGCAAGAAAUGAUAAAAUUCUACAUCUCUUAUUGGUCUUUGGUGGUGGUGUUCUUUUGGCUACUUGUUUUGUUCACAUGAUUCCCGAAAUUCAGGAAAAUUACGAUAAAUACAUGGCAGCUCAUAAACACUCCGAUGAUAAACCAACGACAAUUAGUCCAAUAAACUUAUCUGAAGGAAUGAUCUAUCAACAUCCGACUCAUAGUGAAAAUGGCGAUGAUAAAGACGACGAUGAUGAUGAUGAUGAUGAUGGAGCUCCAUGGGUGGAAAUCUGUAUCUGUAUCGGGAUAUUUUUGACUUAUGCAAUUGAAGAAUCAGUUGUAUUAUUGAUUGGACGUGAAUCUCAUAAUCAUGGUCACAACUCUGUGAAUCUUCAUAAAAUAGGAAUGGAAAGAGGCAACGAUAACGGUGGUGUUGAAUCAUCGAGUAAUUCAUAUAAUUUUGCUAAUUCCAUUAAAUUUGAAGGAGUUUGGACACGAUUCCUUCGAGGACUGAUCAUUGUAGUAGCUUUUCUGGCUCAUGCCGUUUUUGAUGGAAUCGCGAUUGGCCUCCAAAGUACAACAACCUCCGUUUGGACCAUAUUCUUUGCUAUUUGUCUUCAUAAACUUGUAGUAGUUUUCGCCAUCGGCUUCGAGCUGUUUGAGAAAACCGGUAGUCUUUUAUUAACGGCGAUUCAUGUAGCCAUCUUUUCCGCCAUGUCUCCCAUCGGUAUAGUUUUAUCAAUCAUCAUUGAAGAUGGUCUAACGGAAGAUGGUAGUUUAACACUGAUUCUAUUAAACGCUGUUGCCACUGGUGCCAUUUUGUACAUUGUUUUCCUCGAAAUCCUCCAAGCAGAUCGAUGCCGUGAAGUGAAUGGUCUCUAUCAAUUGGCAGCUUUGAUACUUGGAUUCAUAUUAAUGACUCUCAUGACAACUCUGGUUAGCGAUGGCGAUUAACUGACCAAUAAAUUACUCAAGAAAGAAAAUGAUCAAAUUGUCUCAAUAGUCAAUCAGUUAUUAUCUCUAAUCUAAGUGUCAACAAGACUUAACUCACCUUGAUCAAGUAUUAAUACAAUUAAAUAAAAUUCAAAUAUUACUAAUUA